GGCAAGAGAAGGAGCUCUCUGCGGUGGAUGCCCACGCAGAUGCCACAAAGUUCUGGAGCUGGACGCAGCACCCUCCCCAGGGACCCCAGUAUGCCGGACAGCAGAGAGGUCCCACAAGAGAGUGGGCCAGACACAAGCAUGGGGGCCACCCGGGAAAAUGUGGGGAGCAGCUCGCUGACUGACAGACAGACGCUUCACAAAGAGUCCCUACGCCAUGCUCGUGAAAAUUGGUCCCCAGAGAAGGCAAAGGACGCCCCCUUGGAUAGUCCAGAGGAGACGUUGUGGACGUGCCGGGCCGAUGGGCGAGUCCGCCUGCGAAUCGACUCCAGCUGCCCGCAGCCUCCCUGCACGGUGCACCAGAUGUUCUACCAGGCCCUGGACAAGUACGGCAAGCUCAGCGCCCUGGGCUUCAAGCACCAGGGCAAGUGGGAACGCAUCUCCUACUUCCAGUACUACCUGCUCUCCCGCAAAGCCGCCAAGGGCUUCCUGAAGCUCGGCCUGGAGCGGGCCCACAGUGUGGCCAUCCUCGGCUUCAACUCUCCAGAGUGGUUCUACUCGGCCGUGGGCACAGUGUUUGCAGGUGGCAUCGUCACUGGCAUCUACACGACCAGCACCCCAGAGGCCUGCCAGUUCAUCGCCCAUGACUGCCGCGCCAAUGUCAUUGUUGUCGACACACAGAAGCAGCUGGAAAAGAUCCUGAAGAUCUGGAAACAGCUGCCACAUCUGAAGGCCGUCGUGAUCUACCGGGAACCUCUGCCGGAGAAGAUGGACAACGUGUUCACGAUGGAGGAGUUCAUGGAUCUAGGGAACGAGGUGUCAGAGGCAGCCCUGGACACCAUCAUCAGUGCCCAGCAGCCCAACCAGUGCUGCGCCUUGGUCUACACGUCCGGCACUACUGGGACCCCCAAGGGCGUGAUGCUGAGUCAGGACAAUAUCACGUGGACAGCCCGCUACGGUAGCCAGGCCGGUGACAUCCAGCCAGCAGAAGUCCAACAGGAAGUGGUGGUCAGCUACCUGCCCCUUAGCCACAUCGCUGCCCAGAUCUAUGAUUUGUGGACUGGCAUCCAGUGGGGAGCCCAGGUCUGCUUUGCUGAGCCCGACGCCCUGAAGGGGAGCCUGAUAAACACCCUGCGGGAAGUGGAGCCCACAUCCCACAUGGGAGUGCCUCGGGUGUGGGAGAAGAUCAUGGAGCGAAUCCAGGAGGUGACAGCUCAGUCUGGCUUCAUCCGGCGCAAGAUGCUGCUGUGGGCCAUGUCGGUGACCUUGGAGCAGAACCUCAGCUGUCCGGACAGCGACCUGAAGCCCUUCACAACCCGCCUGGCAGAUUACCUGGUGCUAGGCAAGGUCCGCCAGGCCCUUGGCUUUGCCAGGUGUCAGAAGAGCUUCUACGGGGCGGCCCCCAUGACCGCAGAGACACAGCACUUCUUCCUGGGCCUCAACAUCCGCUUGUAUGCUGGCUACGGGCUCAGUGAGACCUCAGGUCCCCACUUCAUGUCCAGCCACGACAACUACCGGCUCUACAGCUCAGGCAAGGUGGUGCCAGGCUGCCAGGUGAAGCUGGUGAAUGAGGACAUGGAGGGCACAGGCGAGAUCUGCCUGUGGGGCCGCACCAUCUUCAUGGGCUACCUGAACAUGGAGGACAAGACGUGUGAGGCCAUCGAUGCCGAGGGCUGGCUCCACACUGGCGACUCGGGCCACCUGGACACUGACGGCUUCCUCUACAUCACCGGGCGUCUCAAAGAAUUAAUCAUCACGGCCGGUGGGGAGAACGUGCCCCCUGUGCCCAUCGAGGAGGCGGUGAAGAUGGAGCUGCCCAUCAUCAGCAACGCCAUGCUCAUCGGGGACCAGCAGAAGUUCCUGACCAUGCUGCUCACCUUGAAGUGCACUCUGGACCCAGACACCUCUGAUCCAACCGAUAAUCUGAGCGAACAGGCUGUGGAGUUCUGCCAGAGAGUGGGCAGCAGAGCCACCACCGUGUCUGAGAUUGUGGGCAAGAAGGACGAGGCCGUGUACCAGGCCAUCGAAGCAGGGAUCCAGAGGAUCAACCAGAAGGCAGCGGCCCGCCCCUACCACAUCCAGAAGUGGGCCAUUCUGGAAAGGGACUUCUCCAUCUCAGGGGGAGAGUUCGGCCCCACGAUGAAGCUGAGGCGGCUUGCGGUUCUGGAGAAGUACAAAGACAUCAUCGGUUCCUUCUACCAACUGCAGAACAAGUAACCAGGCUGCCCUUGCCAUUGGUGAAUAGAGGCCAGGCGUGGGAGCGUUUGCCCGACCCCAGGUCCUCCUCAAUAAAGGUGCGGGGAUUUCCGACCCCGGCGUUAGGUCUCCAGUGACGGAGGCUGCGGCUCUGGCGUUCCCAUUGCCACGUCUUGUGCCAAUAGCUGAAAAUCCUGAAAAGCCUCAUGUGUGGAUACUUAGUGUUAAUUUUAAGGAUUGCUUUUUUGUUCCAGUGACAGAUGACAAUCAGCCCUCCCUCCAGAACUGAAGGGCUGAUCAUUUUCGGCCUUAGUUCCAGGUAGAUUUUAACCAGUGGCCUGUUCAGAGCGGGCUGGGUGAGCUUUGUGUUUCUCGGGUGUGGUGCAGAGGGUGGGCAGUCCUAACGGCCCCCACCUCCGACACACCCCUGGAGGCAGUCAACCCCAUCAAUCCCUUAUCCUCAGCCUCAAGCACAACUCACCUGAUGCUUAAUAAAACUGCUGCCGUCUA